AUGUCGAAUAUCUCCGAGCCCGUGCUGCGCAUAACCACCAUGAACCACGUUCCCCACGGCCAGUUCUUUCCCAACGGUAGCCUUCACCACAUCACGUUUGCCUCGGGACUCCUGAAGCUGCUGUGGGACACCGCGGAAACACUUGGAGUCCGGCACAAGACCACCAUCCUGCACAACGCCGAUUGGGGGGUCAAGCUGGCCAACGGUUCUUGGACCGGAUUCCUGGGUGAACUACAGAGAAACGAGAGCGAUGUGUCGUUCACGCUCUUCUACCCGACCAACUCGCGGAACGGGGUGGCCCAGCCGACGGCCAGCGUCUGGACCGAGGACGUGGUCAUCCUCGGAGCGUUCGGCAACGACACCUCGCAGGGCAGCAGCAUCGCGGCCUCCCUGGAGAUCUUCGAGCGCGACGUCCAGAUAAUGGUAGGCGUCUGUCUUCUCGUGCUGAGCUUGAUCGUAUCACUGGCGCCUGGUUCCUCGAAGACGUUCAUCUCAAGGCUGGUGGAAAGCCUACUUAUGCUCUCACGGAGCAUGUGUCUUCAAGUCAAUCACGAACCGCCUCGAAGCCCGUCCUCCCGAAUCGUGGUGGCCACCUGGUGGCUGGCGGUGCUGGUGUUCGCCAACGUGUUCAACGGCAAGAUGAAGGCGGGCCUCACGGUGCGCCUCAAGAGCGGCCACCGGAUUGACUCGGCCGCGCAACUGGCUUCGCGCGAGGACGUCCGCGUCUACAUGCUUCGCGGUCCGGCCUACCCGAUCCUGCUCGCGCUGUCGCCGAACGAGCACGACCGGAAAGUGUACCGAAAGCUGAAGCCCGGUUCGCUGGUUCCCUACCGCCGCCUGUGGUCCGCCGACGUGCUGGACCAGGUGGCCGCGGGCAAGGCGGUCAUCGUGGGCGACCGCACGACGCUGCUGUACCACGCGGCCCAGAGAUGCCACCGGUACCCGCACCACGAGUUCUACCUGGGCCGGGAGCGUCUCUUCUCGCACCCGAUGGUCGUCUACUACAGGAGGGACAACGUGCGCUUCAUCAUGAACGCCUGGGAGCGCAGACGUGCCCGCCUGACCGAGGCCGGCGUGGUGCUCAAGUGGUACGGCGAGACGGUGUCCUCUGGCGGCGACUUCUCGCGCUGCCCCCGCGUCGACGUCGGCGAGCAGGACACGCUGCACUUCGAGCACCUCCGCUCCGUGUUCCUGCUGCUGCUGACCGGUCACGGUCUGGCCCUGGCAGCACUGCUGGUCGCCGAGGCGCCCGCCGCUGCGCUGGUCAGCCUGUGCGGACGCACGGGGAACGCAAACCGCGUCGCGCCGGCGGUCCCGCCACGUCGCAUUAGACGCGGUGUGGUUCGCGUGCGCGCGCGUGUGUGA